GAAGAAGGUUUUUCGCCUUGGAUAUGUAUAUAUCGAUGUUUAUUUUCUGUAAUUAAGUUCUCAUUCUAAUUUCUCUUAAUUUCUCUCUCUUCGAUACGCAUAUAUCGAUGUUGUGGGCUUGUGGCUGCCACUGAAUGAGCCUUGGGCUUCAUGUAAGGCUCAACCGGGCCUGGUUUUAGCCCAUUCGUUCGGCCCAGUCCUGGCGGCCAUCAGAUACAGACAGUGCCAGCUCGCCAGCUUCUUCAUCACCAACUCUCCACUGACAGUGGAGCUGCUCCAGUAGUAUCAGCAUCGGACCGGAAACCAACUCUCACCGGAGCAUCCGCGAAGAAGAAGAUCGAGGAGAAGGAGAUGAUGCGAUACAAAGAGGAGAAAGAAGCGAAGAAGGAAGCUUUCAGGAAGUACUUGGAGUCGAGCGGGGUCGUCGAUUCACUCACCAAAGUUCUGGUGGCGUUGUACGAGCAGAACGACAAGCCAUCCUCUGCAGUUGAGUUUAUACAACAAAAGCUGGGUGGUCCAACCGUGUCCGAGUUCGAGAAGUUACAAGCAGAAAUGUCCGAUUUGCAGGUGAAGUAUGGUGAGCUUCUGGAAGCCCACCAGAAAAUUUGCAAGGAGUUAGAGGAACUAAAGAAUUCACAUCAUGCCGAAUCAGCCAAGGAAACCAAUGACGAGGAGGGCCCUAAAGAUGGAUUUUGAACAUAGUGAGGGAGGAUUGGCGCUUCUAUAAUUCACGGGUGGGAGAACGAACAAUUGACAAGAAAGUAUACAUUCCUUGUCCUCCCUGGCACCUGCAAGCAGUACAGCCUAUUAUAACACAUUCAUUCCGGGUUUGAUCUGCUGUUUGUUGUGAUAUUCGUAUGUUCAUCAUUGUUACUCUUCUAUCUACAAAAUCCUUCUUUACUUAUUCAAGUCUAACAUUAUCUGCUUACAUGAGACUGCUCCUAAUAGCGACAGAAAAGACAUUCUUGUGAAAACCA